CUCAUACUGUGAUAUUUCCUGGUUUUGUAUUUUGAACAUCCAACCAGCCUUCCCGGGAAGGUCUUUUCAGUUGAUGCCAUGUGAUUCCUCCUCUUCCUCCGGAGGGAUUCGGUCUGUGAAUCGAUGGCGGCGGGGAGCGAGAGAGUCGGCGACAGAUUCGGCCCCUUUUCCUCUAGCUCUGGGGCGAUAAGGCAAUUUGGGGCGCGAGGGUUGAUCCGUUUUCCUAAUUUAGCAGGGGAUCCAUUCGAUUUCCUUACGUAUAUACUCACGCGACAGCAGCCACCCCCUUUUUUCGCUCCCCAAAUCGGACCAUGGACGCCCUCAUCCUCGCCCUCCCUUCCCGGCCCCCUUAAAACUUCCUCUUCUCCCUCUUUUUCCCGUGUUCGGCCUUCCAGCGUUUCUAGGGUUUCUUCCGACGCCCUAGAUUUCGCUUCUUCCUCCGUCUCCAACCAACGCCAAAGAGAAUAAUAGAUCACCUGUGAUCUGCAUUCUGGAGCCCUAUGCUCGCCUUAAUUGGUGAGCAAACUACACCUGCCUGAUGGGGUUUAAAUUUUCAAAACUGGCACCAGGGAAGGCUGAAAAUCCAAGUUUAGUCCAUGUCCAACAUCAACUUAUCAAUUAUUUCUCCAGAAGUUUCUUCAUACGGAACUUGGUAUCCAAGCAAAGGAGGCGAAUGCUAGUUGGUGGUUAUGAUCUUGAUAUGUCCUAUAUAACAGAUCGUAUAUUGGCAAUGUCAUUUCCUGCAGAACGUAUGAGAUCAAUGUACCGUAAUCCUCUGUGGCAGGUUAAGUCUGUGCUUGACAUGAGACAUCAGGGCCACUAUAAGGUUUACAAUUUAUGCAUAGAAGAAGCUUAUGAUCCAUCACAUUUUCAUGGUCGUGUGGAGAGAUUUCCAUUUGAUGACAACCAUGUUCCGCCUCUCCAAUUGGUCAAGGAUUUUUGUGAAAGUCUGCAUUCAUGGCUCUCCAGUGACCCAAAAAAUAUUGUAGUUAUUCACUGCAUGGCAGGCAAAGGCCGGACAGGCUUAAUGGUAUGUGCUUACCUUGUUUACUGUGGAAUGUCAGCAGAGGAGGCCCUUCAGCUGUAUGCACAUAAACGAACCACCAAUAACGAAGGGGUCUCAAUACCUAGUCAAUGCCGUUAUGUAGGAUACUGGGAGAAAGUACUUUCUUUUCCCAGGGGAGUUCAUUGUGGCCCUCCAGAUGUAGACUUGCCUCAACCAUGUAGCAGGGAGUUGCUUCGGGUUCGACUUUAUGACACGGUUAAUAUUUCCUCUGUCUUCUUUGUGGUCUCAGAGUUGCAAGAGAAUUAUCUCGCAAUUCACACUGACUUUAAACAGAUUCCUGGUGAACGAUAUUAUCCACCUGUUGAAGUUUCUAAGAGCUGCUGCAGACAUGCCAAAAAAGGUUGUCAGAGACAAAAUAGCAAUCGCUAUUAUCUAUCUUUUAUUGAACGGGAUGAGGAGGGAACUGAAUCAGAGCCAGAGACACCUCAUCUGGUAGUUCAAAUGGACACAGAGAGUCCCGUACUGUAUCAGAAAAACUGCCUCGACUAUUAUUUUGAAAAACCAGUAAAAGUUACAGGAGACGUGCGUGUCAUAUUUUAUGAAAAGCUGAUUGGAGGGCGUCUCUUCUAUGUUUGCUUCAACACGGCUUUCAUUAAAAACAGUUUACUUCAGUUUUCAUCAAGGGACUUGGAUAAAAUUCGAAGCAGAGGAAAGUCAAUAUGUGGCAGUGCAUUUUGCUUGGAGUUACUGUUCGGUCCUGUUAACACAAACGACUCACUGUCGCCUCCAUCGGGAGAUGCUGAUUUUAUUGACGACUGAAUUCUUUGACUAACGCGAAGAAGAAUCUUGCCCAAAGUUUACAGAAACAUCUCUUGUAAAUUUAUUCGGUAGGGGCGUUCAUUACUGUUUAGUUGCGACUGGAAAGUGCUCUCUCUCUCUCUCUCUCUCUCUCUCAUCGUGUACAUUCGGGCUCCUCCUCCUCCUCCUCCUCCUCCUGCUGGCUCCCCCCCGUCCGUUUUUGGCUGGCGGAUGUCAAUGGGAAAGUACAAGAAAAGUUUUGUAAGUAGAAAGUCAAGUAAAUUUUUAUCAAAGAAAGAAAAUUAUCAUCUUUUCUUCUAUUA